GUUCGGCAUGGACGGGUUGGAUCCGAAGGGUCUGUUUCCAUGCUGUAAAUCUCUAUGACUCUAUGAUGUUCAUUAAGUCACCAGAUAAAUUUUGGGUCACUAACUUGCUGUGAUUCACUUCCAUGUCCCUGUAACCAACUGCAGCUCAGGGGACCAGCAGCACUCACUUCUCCUCCAUGGACAUUGAUGUAAAAUCUGACAGCCCAUGUCGACCAUCCUGGUACUUCUAUUAGUCAAUGCAGCAUGAUCUGGAAGCACCAACAAUCUGCAUUGAGGACAUUUUCUGCAUCAGGACAGAAACCCAGCUCAAACAUGGAUUAGUUUGCAGUUCAGGGAUGAUCACUUUGUCUAUUCAUGUUUAUAGCCUUUAGAAAGGGAGGGGGUGCACAUUUUGUGGAGUGCUACAUCAAUCUCACAGCUGCUCCAUGUGCCAACAGCUUCCACGAUUCUUUACUGCAUGAGGAAGUAUGCUCCUGAAUAAAAAUGAGUUCAAAUAAUAAUCACAAACCAGCAGAGAUUGAUGAAGGAAACAAUGAACUUCAGAGAACAUAUGACAGCACAAUGGUUGGUCGUGAUGGUCUGAAAUCUUACUGGGAUAGGAUAUUUGCACAUGUUAAGGAUGAACUUCCUUCCAUUGAUUCAGACCUUUCAUCAUCUGGUUCAGAAGAUGGUGAAGUUGCUAUUUUCCAGCGUGGUACUAUGGGCCUAAUUUCACACGUGCCCGACGAUCUGGGGGACUUGUCACUUGAUGAUCCUGUCCUUGAGGAAAUGCUGGAAUCUGCAAGAUGGCCACGUGAGGCUUGGGCACAAGAUUAUAAAGGAAGAGCAUCUGAGCAGGACUUUCAGGGUGAAAAUUCAAGGCAUUUAGAAAAGUCUACCACAACUAAUAAAUGCAACAAUAUUGAAAACAUAAUGCUGGGGCAACCAGCAACUCCUAUCACUGGUGAGAGUGAGAAUUCACUGGGCUUAGAAGCAGAAUCCAGGCCUAGUAAAAAUAAGUAUCUUGCAGAUCUAAGAAAUAGUGGUGGGGGAGAACCACAGUCAUCCAUAAUACCCAAAGCUAUUGACAAUAAGGAACGGGAAAUCCUAAGAUGUCAAGGCAGUGGAGACAGGAAUUUAGAUUACCGCUGUAUCUCCACCAAAGCAACAGGCGGACUUUCAGAAUUGACAACUGAAAAUGACCUCAUGCAAAAUAUCUCCCAAAAAACUCCAGAAUUGGUCUUGAACAAGACAAUAGUCACAGAAAGGCAUUUAGUAAAUUCCAGUCAAGACCAAGAAACUACACAAAUUCCAAAGGAAGGGCUAAAGAGAAGGAAAUCAACACGCACUGUACGGCAUGGCCACAGACCACCUAUACUGUCUUUAGAGUGUGUAGAGCAAAUUGACCUUGAUGGGCUCUUAAAGACUCUGCAACAGGUGGGAAAGAGCAGCAGUGAUUUUGAAGACAUCAUGAAUGGAAUGUGGCCUGCUUCAGUACCUUCUCACAUUAAGAAUGAGCAGAACCUUAUGGAACAGCUCACCUCAUUGUCUAUCAAGCAAUCAGGUGGAGUUAUCUCAUUGAAUAACCAAACACCAAUAUGUAAUGGAGAGCACCAGUCCAACAGUGCGACACAGAACAAACUUGAUGGAGACAGAGCUAAUAACCUUAAACAAUUCCUAAGUCCUGAAGCAAAUACACGUACCAAAUGGAUGGGAGAAAAAUUGACAAUGAAAAGAGCUUCUGAACCAAAAACUAUUUUCAUUGAUCUACGGAAUUGGCAGCAGGAAAGAAGCACAUUGCAGACAGAUGGCAAAGGCAAUAAGGAAAAGCUCACAUAUCUGCAGAUAGAAAGAUCUCUGGAGUCAUCCUUUGAGGAAGACAACCAAAACAGUUUGUCAGCCCAAGACAGUGACCAAGAACAGAAAGAGCCAGAGAGUGAUUCAGAUUACAAUGACUGUACUGGUAAAAGCAUGUUACUAAAGAAACUGCGAAAAGCCUCUGUCAACUUCUCAAAAGUAACAGCCAAUAAUUCUAAAAGUGCAGCUGAACAGGCACGAGCAACUGGCGAACAGAUCAAACCAGCCCAGAAGAAGAGAAGGAAAGCAAAAAAUGAAAGCAAUAAACCUGUUGGUGAGCAGCAUGGGUUGACCGUGGCUGCAGAGUCCAAAACAGAGAUAAGAGCUCUAGAGGAGCUAAAUUCACCCAAUGACCAACCUGCCCUCACACCUGGUCUGACACUGAAAAAGACCACUUCAAAAGUCACAAUUCCAGCUGUCAGACAAAGUGAACUGACACUGCCUCCAGGGGAACAAUAUCCUGAAACUUUAAGUAGUAAUCCAUGUUGCAGGCUGCAGCCAAAUGACCAAAUGCAGAGGGAGUAUUGCAGAAAAGAGCAGCAGAGACGUCAGCGGCUGCAUAGGCAGCUGGACAGCAUGAAGCCCUUGAAAUCUGUGACAGGAAUGCAGUGCGGCGCAGAUGAAACACCACUCCUCUUCCAUCCGGAGGCCUCCUAUUUGCCCAACAUCAGCACCUUACUUCAGAAAGGAAGAAGUGACAUGCUUCUACUGACAGUCCAACUCUCCAGCUGUGGCCAACUGACAACUAGUGGGCAGCAGGCUGGUCACUUGCUGGACAGUAUGAUGACCACAGUCAACUUAUAUAAUGCAUUGGUGUCAUGGUUUCUUUCCCUGGUGCCAACUCAAUUACUUGCUGUAAAUAGAUUACACGGAGACUGUGGUGACAUUGAGGUGAAGGCACCAUUUCAGGUGCUAGGAGUUCAACAGGCAUGGCAAGAAGAUGGCCUCGCUCUUUAUGUCUGUGUGGUGCCCGUGUCUCAGGUUCUAAAUGCCAGUAAGAUCACCUACAGUAAGAGCCGGAAAAACAAGCCAAAAGAGGAACUGCGAGGAACUUCAAUAUUUUAUCAACUGGUUAUGAAAUUUUUAUCCCAAACAUGCCUGAAAGCAGUGAUAUGGUGGAGUAAGCAGAUGAAUGAUUCCCUUCAGAGACAGAUGUUCCCUCCAGAGAUCUAUCUUCCAACAGUUCGUCUCAACUCCCUGAUUUCUGUUAAGCCAGAUUUCAAGGCUGUUAAGAAAAUAUUUGAGAUUGAGAUGGGGUUUUAUUGGCAGACAAUAGAGACAGAUGAGAGUUCCUGUCCUUCUGUGACUGACAUUGAUGAGAGCUGUGGGGAGAAACCUGAGGUUACUAUGGCGCUACUCUUUGAAAACUUAUUGAUUAAUCCCGUAGCCCUUCAUCACACAUUGCAGCUCAUCCUUGGCAAUGGUUUGGAUAUUUGUGGCCUUCGAUUACUCUACCCUUCAUACAGGCUACUGGCAGAGAGUGCAGGUAAACUGCCUUCUGUUUACACUCCAGAUGAUGCUGAUCCAAGGCCUGUGUUGGCAUUGGCACUGAGAGGCAUGAAUGCAGGUUCACUGUGGAUGGACAUUGUUGGGCCCACUGAUCCUCAGCUAGCCAGUGUGACAGACCAGCACUCCAUCAAUGCUCUUUAUUGCAAGCAUCGUGAUGAACCACUCCUAUACACUCCACACCAGAAAAUCCGAAUCUAUUGGGAGCUCUGUGUGUGGUUUGGUGGAAGAGUUCCUGAAAAUGGAAUUGUACGAGUUGGCAUUCAGAACCCUGGCACAAAAAAUAGUUUGAAAUACAGAUCUAACAGUCUCCAGUCUACAGGGAUCCAUAUCGACCCCAGAGAGACCUGCAGACCUCCUACUACCCUUGUUGCAACUAUUAGAGCCGAUAUAUUUCUACUAGUAUCUCCCGCUGUGCCUCCUCGUUGUUAUGGAGAUAUAAUAUCUGUCUGUACUAGGCGAGGAUUCAGUCUACGUGGCAUACGACGCCUUCGGUUGUCUCCAAAGAGAGCGGGGAGCCUUGGGAUUGCAAGUGUGCAGAUCCCAGUGUUUUGUCAAACUGCCCUAACUCCCCAUGAUUCUUCUGAUGGCCCUCCCACUUCUGAGCUGCUGUGUCCCUGUUUCUUGCUACUUUUGAGGAAAGAAAAUGCAAGUCAUCAUGUUGUCAACUUACUGAAAGGUUUAGCUAAUGAACUAGCAGAACAGGGAUUACUAGGAAGAAUUCGGAACAGACUCCCUCCUGAUACUGAAGUUCAGACUGAAUUAUGUUUUCAUGUGGCUCCCUACAAUGAACAAACACUGCAAUGCUUAGGUGGACCUCUCAGUGCCGUGCAUCGUUCUGCCAGUUUGACUCCAGAAGUACUGUAUAAACACAGCUUUGUGUCCAAUCCUGAACUGGAGCAAGUUGUUGUUCUCACGCUAACUGGGCCCACAGCUAUGAAAAACGCUGGGAAUUGUCUGCGGGACCUUCUACGGCCCCCAUCAAAUAACUCAAACAACUCAUCGGGUGAAGCUCUAAUUGAUGGAGGCUUUGAACUUCUGGGGUUGAAAUGGCUGCCAAAAUUAAGCCGAAACCAGGCCAAGGAAUUGACCCCAUUCGAAGUGGGUGACAGACACUGGCAGGCGAGCACUGACUGCUUGGUAUCCAGCCCUGCUCUAGUGUGUGUUCUACGCCGUGUGGAUGCUUUCAAAGCACUGGCUGCAGUACUUACCACACCCAAAGCCAGGGCUAGUCUGUUUAAAGAAAAGUAUGGUAACCUGGAGAAAAUAAUGUCACUGACCCCAGAGCUAGCCUUCAGGCAGGCAGCUUUGUUCUUCGCUGACAGGGAGCUAAUGUCAGAUCCAGAGGCUCGGCCUUUACUGAAAUACCUAUCUCCCUCUCUCAGGUCUGGGAUAACCAAACCAGAUAAAGAAACACAAACUAUCAACACCGAAUCCAUUUUCAGCUACAUGCUGCUUGGUGUCCAGCCUUUGUUGACAGUGCUGGUUAUCAAAUCUUCUACUUGGCCACAACAUUUCCUCAAGAUACUCCGAAAAUUAGACAGAGAGCAUUUCUGUGUGGUUGGGAUGAAACUCGUCAGUCUGGAUACAGAGAAGGCCUCACUUCUCACUCCACUUAGCAUUCAGCAGGAUCCUGGAUUGGUGAAAUGCAGCAUUGAUUCCCUGACCUCAGGUGCCUCUGUUGUUCUGUGUCUUCGACGAGAUAAUGCUGUAAAGAAACUGCUUGACUUGCUUGGCCCAGAAGAUCCUCAACAGGCCAGAGACCUAGACCAAUUCCUAUGGAGGGGUCACUAUGGGACAGACAGAGUCCAUAAUGGCUUAUAUGGUUCCUCAUCCUUUAUAACAGCAAUUCGGGAUGUGAAGAUAUUUUUCCCCGAAGGACUUUGCUGUGAAGAGUCACAAAUGAUGCAGGAUCAGCAGAUUGCCUGUAACACAAAGGACUGGCGCAUCAACCCUGAAUUCCCAAAAAAACGCAAGCUGGUCAGGUCUUUAGCUCUCACCCACUUGGAUUCAGGAACACCCACAUGGCAGCAGCAGCAGCAAGACCUGCUGCUGCCCAGACCACUGUGCCAGACCAUGUGCUUACUGCUACCAUCUCCACUCAUCAGGAGGUGCCACCAUCCACCAUACAUUGAAGUGCUGGACCAGCUGCAGAGCUGUAAUUAUCAGCUAAUGGGAGCUAGGAUGAGCGUCCUGGACCAAACACAGGCUCAGCAUGUCGCAGAGCUCAUCACUGUGGACAACACGUCAACAAUAUGCUCACUGCUCACUAGUGGGCCCUGCCUAAUGCUAGCUCUGGAGAGAGACAAUGGGGUCUGCUGCUUUAGUACAAUACUGACUAGCCUUUCUUGGGAAAAACUGGAGCUUGAGGAUUGUCUGCAGUAUUUCGUCUAUCCAAAGAGUGAGCCACAGGUGGAACAAUUGAUCAGCUGUCUCUUUGACUCCCUGGUUCCUCAGAGUAUUCAUCAGAUUGUGCUGCAAGAUUCCUAAACUGCUGCAGUAACAAUAUUUGCAUUAUCACCUCCACAGCUCCAAUUAGAACACAACAAAAUUCUUCUAUUUUAAAAAGUGGUACAGCAAAAACCAAUUUAGAAAAACCUCUCACUUUUAUUUUUCUUUUUACAUAUUUGAAUUUGUUUUCCUUAUUUAUUAUUCUGCAAUCACUCAUUUACUGUGUCGUGAAAUAGGCCUGAUGGAUGAACUUGGACUACAGUUGAACAGCACUGCUUACUUUUCAGAGUGAGAACUGAUUAAAUUUUUUUGGACUUUUUCUAUUGAAUCUUCUUUAAUUUCUAUUCCUGCUAGUAACUCCCCAUAGUUCCCUGUGAAUAUGUCAUAGAUAAACCUCUGCCUCUUGCUCAGCUGCUGGCAACAUGAGUUCAGGCUGGCUGACAAAACAAUGUUCAGUAAGUAGUUUGAGCUACCUAGUGUAACACAGCCAGCACACUGUUCAAUUUGAAGGCCUGACUAAUAAUUAGUAAUUGAAUCUGUCAAUUAAACAUGCAGCCAUAGGUCCCAAAGCUACAGCCCAUGGAUUAUGGAGCCAUUAAGAAUCGAUAUUAUAUUCAGCUUCUUAUCUUUAGCAAAGCAGAGAUGUGAAUCCCCUUAAAAGCAGGACCAGUGAACUGUUAGUGAUCAGACACUAGGCAACAUCCAUAUCAAGAUUCAAACUGUACCAGAAAAUUCAUUUAGGAGAAAACAGAAAUUUCUUCUUUAGCUCAAUUCAAGCAAGUAUGUUAGUUCAUGACCCCACUCUCAAAAAGUAGAUGAAGUAUAGUCAGUGUCUCUGUCUUCAAAAUAAGUCACACUGGAAACAAAUGUUAGCAAUUGGAGUUGGAUCAUCUGCUCUGUGCAAAUUUAACACUGCCCACGAGGGAUAAAAUAUAGGAAUUCAUCAGCGGUAGAGAUUCAACCUGUAAUAACAGCCUCAAAUGUCAAAGUUUUAUCAAAGUUCUAUUUUAAAGAUACAUGUUUCUUAUGAACUUUUUUUAGUUGUAUUGUGUUUAUUUUAUGCUUCCAAUUUAAUAUCCAAAUGGAAAAGGUACUGACCUGUUUUAUAUAUAAAUAUUUCCAUGUAAUUGAUUUAUCUUCCACCUAUUGUCACCUUAACAGCGAAAUAAAUCUUAGCAUGUUGCUUUGUAACAGUGUGCUAGUUUCCUUCCAAUUCACGAAUGUUUUUGAACAGAGUCACAGUGAAACAAGAGAGUUGGUUUAACCUGUCUAAUGCAGCCCUUGCUUUGGUCAAUAUUGGUUUUUCAGUGAUUGUGCAAUUAUUAAGCUGUGAUUGAAGAAGGUGUGAAUUUGUCUGGAGCUCAAUGCUGUGCUGACCUUCAAGAUUAGUGCCUUUCCAUUGGAUGCUUUCAUUUUUUGUUGGCGGUGACCGGAGGUAUGGACAUUCUAUAUGCCAUAGGAUUGUUCUCUUUCAUAAAUUCAAGAAUUCUAGGUGGAAGCUUUUAUAGCUCCAUUUUGGAAAGGGCGCACAGAAGAAAUAUAAGAUAUCAAAAUGCCUUUUCAAAAGGUACACAGCCUUGCAGAGAAUACUACCAGUGAAAACCAAAACCUGAGAAUCCAUCCCACACACCUUUGUUUUGUUACUUCCAUCCCAGUCCCACGUCACUGAGAAGUUAUUGUUUUUAAAAGUUAACACAUGUUUCACUAAAAGUUAUCAAAGUUGCAAUGCUCAGGGUGUACAAUAGCUGCUUUGGAUUAGAUGCUAGUGAGAAGUGUGUUAUUGAAUGGGCUGCAUCCCAAAACCAUUCCUGAUAUAAAGACUUCUGGCAAUUUCUGGGAACUCAGCAAGGCUUUUACAAAGCUUCCAAUAAAUCAGUUUUAAGCAGGUUGGUGCAUUCCAGGCCUAUCACAAUCACAACAAAUUUCUCCCUGUAGAAUACUUAUGAUGUCACCUAGAAUCUUAUCAUCAUUUGUAGCAGAAAAGGAGGCAAUUCAAUCUGAUGAUACCAUGCUAGUUCUCCAAGAACAAUUUGUCUAGAGUAGC